AUGUUUGCCCCCAGAAUCGCGAGGCCCGCUGUUAACAGAGUCGCUGGCUGCUCAGCAUCUCUCUAUCGCAGCUCUGUCAGAGGCACGACACCAUCGCCAUGCGGUUUGCAGUCUGGUAUCUCGAAACCUAGGUUCAUAUCUGCCUAUGGCUAUACACAAGCCAAAGUGCUGGUGUAUUCGAAAUAUGGAGAGCCCAAGGAUGUCCUAAAACUUCACAAACAUUCCAUCGCCGCACCCAGCGAGACACAAGUCAACUUGCGUCUUCUCGCGACGCCAAUGAACCCAGCCGACAUCAAUCAGAUCCAGGGAGUGUAUCCCUCCAAACCGCCCUUCGAGACAACCCUGGGCACGACAGAGCCCGCUGCGGUUGCCGGCAACGAAGGUGCCUUUGAAGUCAUUUCCACCGGCUCGAAAGUCAGUAAUCUCUCGCAGGGCGACUGGGUAGUGAUGAAGCGAACGGGACAGGGAACGUGGCGGACUCAUGCGCAAAUGGACGAAUCGCAAUUGAUCAAAGUCGACAAAGAAGGUCUCACACCGCUGCAGGUUGGCACUGUCAGCGUGAACCCGGUGACUGCGUAUCGCAUGAUCAAGGAUUUCUGCGAAUGGGACUGGCUACGCAGUGGCGAGGAGUGGCUGAUUCAGAAUGGUGCCAACAGCGGUGUUGGCCGUGCUGCGAUUCAAUUAGCUCGUGUCUGGGGCAUCAAUACGCUCAACAUCAUUCGCGAAAGAGAGGACGCUGCAGAAACGGAGGCACUGAAGCAGGAUCUUUAUAGUCUAGGUGCCACCGCCGUAAUCACAGAAGCCGAAUUGCUCUCGAAAGAGUUUAAACCCAUGGUCAACGAGUUGACUCACAAGGGCAAACAGCCCAUUCGAUUGGGACUGAACUGUGUCGGCGGUAAGAAUGCAGCGGCCAUUGCCAAAGUCCUUGCCCCGGACUCGCAUUUGGUCACAUAUGGUGCCAUGUCCAAGCAGCCCGUGGCACUACCGUCCGGACUCCUUAUUUUCAAGAACCUCGUCUUCGACGGUUUCUGGGUCAGCAGAUGGGGUGACAAAAACCCACAGCUCAAGGAGAACACCAUUCGAGACGUGUUUGACCUAACACGAGCGGGGAAAUUCAAGGAUAUUCCUGUUCAAGAGGUGAAAUGGUCCUGGGACCGACCUGAUUCAGAGCUCGUGCAAGAGGUCCAGGGCACUCUGUCGGGUUUCCGCAGUGGAAAGUCCAUUUUCGUUUUUGAGGAGUGA